ACCAAACAGAGUUACAGAGACAAAUAUCUGGCAGAGAGACACUGCAGACUUCCACAUAGGAUGCUGUCUUUCAUGACCUGUGGACGUACAGAGAGAGCUAACAGGAAGUCAGUCGGCUCUGCUGGGGGAAGGACUCUACCGAGCAUGCUCCGUGGGCCCAAAACCAUGGGAGCAUCAAUGAACGGGGUGUCAUCUUUAAUCGCGGUAUCCAGCUCAGUGGUUCCCCUAAGAGGGCGCCAGAUAUGAAGAAACUGCGGCCACAGACUCCUCUGGACAUUUUCAAAGCUUCACCUCCCCAGCAGGAGUGACACUGCCUGACAGCACUGGAAAUCAACGGGCCCAUGAACUCAGACUUACAGCACAGACUCUGGCAGAGACAGACAGGUUGCCGUUGAUUGGUCCGCGCACGGGCCUUGCUCUGUGGCAGCUGCCGUCAUCCGAUCAGACGUGGUGGGGAUGCUGACUCCGCCGGCCGAUCCCCCACUCUCCUCCUCCUCCUCCUCCUGCUGCUACUGCUGCUGCUGAUGGGACUGCGGUCUGCACGGUGCUCCGUUUGGAUCCUUCAGACAGAUGGAUGCUGAGGAUCCGGGGCUGAGAUGAGAUAAGCCUCCUCUCCAUCUCCAUCUCCGCCGAGCUGCUGCAGCGCCGCUCACGCAGGGAAGAAAAAAAAAAAAGAAGAAGAAGACGUGGGCACGUUGUGGUCGAAAACACCCGGAAUACAGGGGAUUUAACAUUUCAUUUGUGGCAGUGAGCUGUGUCACCGUGAGCCGUGUGAAAGGUUUGCCUUCUUAUUUAGCACUGUCGAUAAUGGUCCCGACGCUGCUCUCCAGAGGUGAUGUGAGCUGAACUAGCGGGGAAGCCGCAGAGGAGCUGUCCGUCUGUCGAGGUGCUGAUGCGGCUGUGACAAGCGAGCAUGGCUGCCGGGAAGUUACUGCUCUACGCCGGGCUCUCUCUUUCUCUUUGCGCCCUGGGCAUGCUGGCCGUGGCGAUGUGCUCCGACCACUGGUACGAAACCGACGCCAGGAGGUACAGGGAGCGGUGCCGAAGCUUUUCUAGCCGCCGCAAGGACCCGGGCUUCAUCUACAUCCCUAACAACAGCCUGCCCCUGCGGGCCAGCCGGAGCAGCCUGCCCCGCUGGGAGGAGAAGCUGCUGCUGGCCCGGAACCGGCGGCAGCUGUUUGCCAUGAGCGCCGCGGAUGAGUGCAGCAGGCAGUAUAACUCGACCAACAUGGGGCUGUGGAGGAAAUGUCAUCGGCUUGGCUUCGAUCAAGAAAUCGAAGAUCUCAUCCGGAAAGGUUCCAUUGCAAGGUGCUCCUACAUCAAAUAUCACUACUCCUCAGCUACGAUACCCAAAAACCUCUCAUACAACAUCACCAAGACGAUAAGGCAGGACGAGUGGCACUCCCUCCAUUUGCGGCGAAUGACGGCAGGCUUCAUGGGCAUGGCGGUGGCCAUCAUCCUGUUCGGCUGGAUCAUCGGCGUGCUUGGCUGCUGCUGGGACCGGGGCCUCAUGCAGUACGUGGCUGGUCUGCUUUUCCUCAUGGGAGGAACCUUCUGCAUCAUUUCCCUCUGCACCUGUGUCGCCGGCAUCAACUUCGAGCUUUCCCGUUAUCCGCGGUACCUGUACGGCCUGCCUGACGACAUCGGCCACGGCUACGGCUGGUCCAUGUUCUGCGCCUGGGGAGGCCUCGGCCUCACCCUCAUCGCCGGUUUCUUUUGCACCCUGGCUCCCUCCGUCCAGCCCAUACCCCGAUCUACCUGCCCCAAGUCCCGACAGGAGAACGGCACCGUCUGCUAAAGCCGGCAGCCGAACGAAAAGACCGACCGUAACCCGCAGAUCGACAACAAAGAAACAGAAAAACUGUUCCAUGUGUUCAUCCAUCUACUCAUCUCCAGUCUCUCCUGGUUCCAGAUAAUUUUUUUUUUUUUUAAAUUUGUGUGUGUGUGUUUUAAAAUGGGUGUCUUGAUCUGCUAUCUUGAAAAUAACAGAAAAAAAAAACUGAAGAACUGAAGAAAUAAUAUCAAAUAUUUUGAAGUUGUGCUUGUUUUGUUUGUUGUGGAGCCGACGAUGAAAUGGACCCUGACCGAGGUUCUCAAGGAAACACUCGGAGACGAUGAAAGACUAAGACUUUGAAUAUGACUGUAAGAGGGUAAGAGUGGCUUUAAACCUCUAAAGGUUACAGACAAUGGUGUUCAACCUGGGAACUGCUUAUAGCUUACAUUAGCUGGUCUGCUGUGAUCGUGGAGAACUGAAUGAAUCAGCAGUUUUUUUGGAAGGAAACAGUCAGAUUGUUAAAAUUCACGUAAAGAUCCCGUGGAAGCUUCUCGUGGACUUGUCCUCUCGGAGAGCCUCCCGUGGGAUAAUUCACAAAGAACUCGACCAAACCAUGAAACCAAGUCACUUCCUGGGGCUGGGAUCAUGUUUAGUGGCCAUCUGUGAACUUUUAAGUAUUCCAGCUUCUGAGGUCCCUCCAGUUACGCAAGGGGACACGUGGGGGGCGGCGACCAAAUCCGGGGGACCUCCUGCCGUUGUACAUUAUUGUACAGAAUAUUCCAGAGAAGCGACAACCAGGACCUGUCCUGUCUGGCCAUUUUCAUUCUUGUGUAGGUGCAUUCCAUUCCGUCAUCCGAUGAUCCCGUAAGCCAUUCAGCAUUUUAUACACGCAUUCCACUUUUAUUCCGAGUGUGUUUUUCCUUUUUACCGAAACCCUUCACGCUGUCGAUCGAACUGUCGGCUGAGCGCCACGCUCAAAGCCGAUGUCGAUUUCUUUUUCCAUUCUAGUCAUAGAGGUAAACGUGUGAGCGUGAAUGUGUGUGUGCGCGCGUGUGUGUACGCGUGGGAAGGGGUUAUUUUGCAGUCUCAAAAGAAAAAAAGUUGUAAAACAAGUUUAAAAAAAGAAAAAAAAGAUCAUAAUGACACAGUGGGGUCCUGCCUUGGGGAUGUAUAAAGGCAGGAGCUUUGAUGAGCAGACAGAUGUAAAUGGGGGGGAGAUGCAGUAUCCUGUUUAACGCAACUGACGUCUGCCUUGUCACCUUUUCUGGAGGUGUCCCAGGCUUAAGUCAUGGUAUCUGACGAGAAAACACACUCUGGCUUUUUUUUUCUCCCCCCCUUCCCGCAAAUCCUCUAAGCUCCACUCAGAGCACAUGGCUUUUUCCUCCAGCCGAGACCCGGCAGGGCUUUCUGCAGAGGCUCCUCUCUCUCCAAACCUCUCGAAUCUUUACAACCUUCUGCUCUUCGUUCCUCUGUCGUAAAAGGUAAAAAAAAAAACUCGAUCGAAAAGGAAAAACUGAGAAGCGAAAGUACAAAUUUAGCAUGGGCUUGAAUAUUUCUAUGCACAUCAGGCAUGGUGAUCAUAAUGCAAUAAAUUUGGGCCGAUUCAUUUCUCACCCAGGACCAAAUGCAGCAGCUAGCAGUGCAGAGCUAAGCUUUGAGCUUAGACAAGACAAAAUACAGACGCUGAAAGGCAGCGAGGUCACCAGUCAGCGUCAACCAUUCAAAGAAUUUAGUGAAAACCACAAUAUAACCAGUCCCAAAAAAAAGAAAAAAGAAAAAAAAAACCUGAGCUGGCAUCAAAUUUCCAUUUAAAUACAACUUGGGUCUUAUUUUUGUAUUCCCUCUGCGCUCCUUGUUAGAUGGUCGAACAGCUACUCACCCCCCCCCCUACACCCUUCCAGUGUGGGAUUAGCUGAGGCUGCGACCCUUUCUGUAACUUUUAGCGAAAACCGAAAAAUCUGAUAUUCAAACCCCACCCAGGAUUUCGGACUUCUUUAUUAACUGCUCUUAUGUCACUAUGACUCACCUUCCAGGACAGGAUGUGCAGUGUUGUUUCCCGUAUUUGCUUUUUCAUCCAACCCUCAAAGCGAGGACAUUUAGAAAAAGAUGUAAACUUUGGUUUCUGAGCUGGGUUCGGACAACAAACAAGCCAAAAAAAAAAAAAGAACUAGAUAACCUUAGUGUUCCUGAAGCCAUAUCUGUAGAUAUUCUAUAUUCUUGUCAGAUAACAUCAUUACAAGCCCGCACAGCUUGGGACCGGGGCCUGGCUCAGAUCAUCUACAUUAACUGUUGGGCUGUUUGCAUCCUCUCUGAUCAUCUGACUGCUCAUGGUUCUUGAUUUCAUUUUUUUUUUUUUUUCUGGACCUUUAAUGUCACCAUGUUCCCAUAUCACAGAAAUUAUAACUCACUGAGCAGAAUUUCAUUACGACUCACGGCUAAAACUACAAAAAUAAGACCUACAUUUGCAGGAAACCUGAACUAACCUUCGAUAACCCGACCCGGAUCUUAGGGCUGCUCCCAUUCAGCACAUUCUGCUGCCGUUGAUUAGAAUUGGCUUGUAUGCAAAUGAUGCAGAGAUGUUUCAGAGGCAGGGUAAAGGUAGAAAUGGUGUGGUUGUAAAUUAACUCAGUAUUGUUAUAGAUUAAAAAAUUUAAAAAAAUAAAAUAAAAUAAAGUAGU